AUGUCUAAUUAGGAAAUAAUGAGGAUUGAUUAAUAUGAAAUCUCUUUGAACAAUAUUCUAGGUAGAGGUUAAUAUGGGAUAGUAUAUUAAUGUAAGAACAGAUAAAACCCAUAAGAUAAUAUAUGUGCAAAAGUUAUAAUAUAUUAAAUAAUAGAUUAUUGCAUAAAAUUUGAAUGACUCAAAAACUGAAAGAGAAAUGCAGUUGAUGUAAAUGAUAAAAUAGUAGGGAAAGAAUAAUAAAAAUAUAGUUGGUGUUCAUCAUGUAGACAUAAAUUAAGAGAGAAUAGUUUUAAUAUUGGAAAGAUGUGAAUACGAUUUAAGUUAAUUAUUUAAGGCUAAAUUAAAGAAUGAAAAUAAAUUUUACACUCCUAGUGAGGUAAUAAAUAUUUUGAAAUAAAUUGUUAAUGGUUAUAGACUACUUUAUGAUAAUAAUAUAAUUCAUAGAGAUAUGAAACCUGAAAACAUACUUUAUUUAAAAGGAGUAUAUAAAGUAAUUAAUAAUACAUACUAAAAAGAUUGCUGAUUUUGGAUUAGCUAGAGUAUAUAAAAAUAAUGAAGAACUUACUAAAGCUGGUACUCCAAAAUAUGCUUCACCAUAAUUAUUUAUUUAAAAUGCUUAAUUUACUAAUUCUGCUGAUAUCUUUUCGGUAUAAUUUAUAAUUAUAUAUUAAGUUGGGAAUUAUUUGUUAUGAACUUAUGUUUGGAAAUCUACCAUAUCCAAUUAAUUCUAUUUCAGCAUUAAUGUCUAGCUUAUAAAAAUUAGAAUAUUCACCAGUUAAAGUUGAUAGAUCGAUUUAAGGCGUAAACUCACUUUUUUAUUUUCUAGAUGACUACAGAAAUUGCAGAAUUAAUUGAAAAUAUGUUGAGAUAUCAUGAAAAUAAUAGAAUAAGUUGGAUAAAUUUAUUUUCUCAUCCUUUAUUGAGUGAUAUUCCAAAACUACCUAUACCAAUAUUCAAACCAUAUGCUGCUACUUAAUAAUAAGGAAGACAAAAUUUUUAAUAAUCUGAUCCAAAUACUUAAAGAAUAUAAACUCCUAUUAAUAUUAUGCCAACAACAGAUAUGUCAGAUAAAAACUAUUAAAUUGCAUCCUUUAUCAAUUAAGUAUUAGAUUCUUUAGAUAAACAUAUGUAGUAUUCUUUUUUUAUCUAGAAAUCAAUAAAAAUCUAUACAAGCUGAUUUAAUCAAAAUCAAAUAGCAAUUAUAUUAUUUAACCUCUUGCUUCUAUGAGCAUAGUAAAGCUAUUAAAGCUAAUACUUUUGGAAGAUUCAAUUAUAGUUUAGCUGAUGUUGAUGCUGCCAUUAAUAAAUUAAAUUAAUCAAAAAUAUUACUCAAUGAACAAAUACAUAAUUGUGGAUUAGCAACAAGCUUUCCUAUGAGAGAUGUUUAAGCUGAUUACAAUGGCUAUUUCUUUUACUUAAGUAAUUUAUUAUCGACAAAAUUUCUAUUUCCAUACUCAAAUAAAUCCAAUUACUAUUUAGAAUAUCUUCAGUAUUUUAUUUAUUUAUCAAGAUUGAUAUUUUGUUUAUAGAGGUUGAAAGAACUAAACGAACAAAAAGAGUUUUCUAUCAUCUAUCAAUAAAUUAUGGACAUUUAGAAUUAAUUAUCAAAUGAAAUAAAUUUAAGAAGAUAUCUUAAUUCUAAAUUUAAUAUUUGA